UCAAAACAAACUCACGUUUGCACUCUCGUUUGCACCAAGACAAGAAGGACUAUAAGAGUUUACUUGUAAAAUAGAGUUUCACACGUUCACGUCUCCAAUGUUUUUGGUUUCUCUACGAAAUAUCAUUAUUUUUUGAUCAGAAUGCAGCCGCCGGGAGAGAGCACUUCUUCCUCUAAAGAGUGGCCCGCUUUGGGACAACCAAAGAAGAGGAAGGGUCACACGCCCAAGGCAACCUCGUUUGCUGCAGCCUUGAAGGCCAAGGAGCUUGAAGAAGGUGGAGGACAGCAGACUGUCACCGAUGUCCAAACCUCGGAAAGAGCCCCAGCCAUAUCCUGGGAAGAAAGAAAGGCCGCGGUGCGUGCAGCGAAGCUUGCGAACAAGGAGGAAAGACGUCUUAGACGCGAGGAAAACGUCAGGAGACAGUUACAGGCACCGACAGGAUACCGAGUGCAGAUGAUUUCAAGUGUUCCCGGCGUGAACCCGACUGUGUUAGGAAAAGGGGGAAAAGGCACCACUUUCCAAAACGCUGAAUUGUCGUUUCCAGAGCUAGGAGCUAGAAAUGUAGCGAAAAGAAUUCAGGAACCCAUUAAUGUCAGUCACACCGGUCCACCAGAAACCGUUAAGCCGGAAAGUGCAACUCCGUCAAGAAAGAAAAAGCCGGAUAAACAUUUGGUUGUGACUUUGGAGCAUCUCAUUAAAAGCAGACCAAAGAAAAUAGUGGCGGUCAAGAAGAGGAAGAUCAAGCUCAAGACUGUCUUCCAAGAACAGCUGUCAGGGAAUCCACUGGACAGUUCCAAGCCAGUGAGACACAGAGGCAAAGUCAGAGAGGUACCCAGGGCAAAGCGGAAGUCGUCUCUCAAAAACGCUAUUUUAGCCUACAGGAAAUUAAAACAGCUUCAACGAGAAGGAACUGAAAAGUUGCAAUCAAAAGAAAAAUUUGCUGACGCAGAGAGUGAGGAUCCAGCCUUGGACACAAUUAGCGAAGUUCAAAUUGAAUCUGCUCCUGUCUGUGAGCCAGAUUUUUGUCAGCCAAUAUCAUUCAAAGAUAUCUUCCACUCCAGAAAGUUUAGAGAUUACUGUGAUAAUAUGUUGGGGAAGGAUUUGGAGGACAGCGUUGAGACACUUUUGAAAGCUCUUGCGCAGAUGCAGGACAAGUCGUAUCAGAAGGACCCACAAAAAUACAAAAAGAGGAUUUUGUCUGGGCUACAUGAGACCAAAAAGGCCAUCAGUAUCAGAAAGGCGAAAUUAGUCAUUAUUGCUCCAGACCUGGAAAAAUGUCCUCAGCCAGGCGGAUUGGACUCGAAAAUUGCAGAAAUAAUUUCGCUGGCUAAGGAGACCUCGACGCCCUACCUGUUUUCUAUUGGGAGGAGGAAACUGGGGAAGAUUUUAUAUAAAAAAGUUCCAGUUAGUUGCGCAGCUAUAACAAAUCCCGAGGGGGCAGAGGAAUUGCUGAAAACGGCUCUCGCGUUGAUGCACAUCAAGAAAUCAGAGUAUGCAGCAGCCAAUGUGCAGGAGCCGUUGUUGAACAAUCUCAACUGCGAGGAAAAACAGUCAGACGUAAAUAGACUUGUUGUUUCUUCUCUUCUCAACGCCCUGGAACAAUCGCUGCAAGCACCAAAGACGUCCGAGUUCCUGCGUGUCAUCGACGCUAUUCACGCGAAUGAAGAGAGUGAUUGAAUGA